ACACCAGACACCAUAACUUCGUUGAUGGUCCACGAUUUCUUUCUUGUUUUUGAAUUGUAUUUGUAAAAAGCAACUUCUUGUUUCUUGUAAUUUAUGCGUAAGUUAUAAUGGCCGAUAAGAUAGAUUGGGCAAAGUAUUUAGAGGAACAAACUUCAUUAAUAUCAAAGAAUGUUGCCAACUUAGAAGUUACCCCCGCGGCUGCGGGUGACGAUCCUCCCGCUAACGAACAGAAUGAAGCAACAAAUGGCGAUAAUGGGGAUGACCCCGUGAAUCCUGCCGAUGUAAGUCUAUUGCAAAAGAUCAUACGAAAAGGAUUAGUUGAAAAUGCCAAUGACGUCGAAAUUCAACGUCAAGAUCCAAACUCGCCCCUAUACUCCGUAAAAACAUUUGAAGCGCUACACUUAAAACCGAAUUUGUUAAAAGGCAUCUACAGCAUGGGAUUUAACGCUCCGUCUAAAAUCCAAGAGACAGCUUUACCCACUUUGCUGGCGGAUCCGCCUCAGAAUUUAAUUGCACAGUCGCAAUCGGGCACCGGUAAAACAGCCGCCUUUGUUUUAGCAAUGUUAAGCCGACUAGAUUCCCAGUUCAAUUUUCCGCAAGUCCUCUGUUUGUCACCGACGUACGAACUGGCGAUACAAACGGCAGAGGUGGCCACUCGGAUGGCGCAGUUCUGCCCGGAAAUCGAAAUAAAGCUGGCGGUACGAGGGGAAGAAAUGCCGCGAGGAGCGAAAAUUAGCGAACACAUAAUCAUAGGGACGCCUGGGAAGGUGUUAGAUUGGGGUCUGAAGUUUCGUUCAUUUGACUUAAGUAAAAUUAAGGUGUUCGUUUUGGACGAGGCUGACGUGAUGAUCUCUCAGCAGGGUCAUCAGGAUCAGUGUAUCCGAAUUCAUAAAUGUUUAGCCAGCACCUGCCAAAUGAUGUUUUUUUCUGCGACUUACGGUCAGGAUGUUAUGGAGUUCGCAGAAGUUAUCGUACCGAGACCGAUAAUAAUAAGAUUGAAACGGGAGGAAGAAAGUUUAGAUAACAUUGAACAGUAUUACGUUAAGUGUAAAGACCAACAGGCCAAGUAUGAGGCUCUUACAAAUAUUUACGGAAGUAUCAGCGUCGGGCAAGCUAUAAUCUUCUGUCAUACUCGGCGCACAGCUAACUGGUUAGCCGAAAAGAUGGCAAAGCACGGUCAUUCUGUUGCCGUACUAAAUGGUGACCUAACUGUAGAGCAACGCAUCGCCGUAUUGGAUCGUUUUCGUGAAGGACUAGAGAAGGUUUUGAUCACUACGAACGUUUUGUCUAGGGGUAUCGACGUGGAACAAGUUACGAUCGUUGUCAAUUUUGAUUUGCCCAUCGACAUGCAGGGCAAGGCGGACUGCGAGACGUACCUACACAGAAUUGGCAGAACCGGUCGGUUCGGCAAAAACGGAAUUGCCAUCAACCUAAUCGAUUCACCGGAAUCGAUGGCCAUAUGUAAAGCUAUCGAGAAGCAUUUUAAUCGAAAGAUCAGGUUCUUGAACGCGGAGGAUUCCGAUGAAAUCGAAAAAAUCGGUGCAUAAGUGCUGGUAAACGAACUGAUUUAAUUAUUGUAUGAAAUGUUCAUAAGGAAUUAAGUUUAGCUAUUAUAAAUACAUAAAUGAAUUUGUC